AUGAGGGCACUUAAGGACAUCUAUAUUAAAUCUUGUGAAGAUUAUGACGAGAGAAACUAUGAAUUAGUUAAGAACAACCAAGAGCAAGCGAUUAAUAAUAUGUCAAAGGAAAGGAUAUCAAAAGAGGAUGAUAAUUUGUCUGAAUUUGCAUUCACAUCCUAUCAGAUGGGCUACAAUUUCCAUCAACUUCAUAAAAUUUUCUUUGAAAGUGUUAAAGGGGUAGAGGUGGUGUUUGAGAUUGAGAGUCCAAGUAAUAGAGAUCAAAUUGUAACAUCUCAACAACAACCAUCAUUACUUCCCUACCUUGAACAUUUAACACUAUCGGAAAUGAAAAAGUUGAGUCAUGUGUGGAAGUGCAAUAGUUGGAACAAAUUCUUUGUUCUUCACAAACACCAACCACAAUCCUCAUUCCAAAACCUCACAUCCAUAAAACUGGAACAGUGCCCGGGCGUUAAGUACUUGUUUUCACCUCUUAUGGUGAAACUUCUUACCAACCUACAGGAAGUAACCAUACGGGAGUGUGAUGGUAUGGAAGAAGUUGUUUCAAACAGAGAUGAAGAAGAAAUGACGUCAUCUACAUAUGCCCACACAACUGCCACUUUGUUCCCUCGUCUUCAUCAUCUCAAUCUAUAUAGAAUGAAAAAUCUGAAGCAUAUUGGUGGUGGCGUUGCUAAGGGUACAACUGAUAUCGGUCAUGGUCAAUCGAAGGUUUCUCAAGUUGAUGUUGUUUCUUGGUCCGUAUGCCAAUACUCUAGAACGAUUCAAAUUGAACGAUGUGAUUCUUUGUCAAGUGUGAUUCCAUAUUAUGCAGCAGGGCAAACACCAAAGCUUCAAGAAUUAUGGAUAUUUAACUGCACAUCAAUGAUGGAGGUAUUUGAAACCGAAGAAAUCAACAAUAAAAAUACCAGUGGUUGUAGUAGUAACACUACAGUAGCGGUUCCUAGACCAACAGAUAUAAUUGUGCACAAGUUCCCCAACCUAAAGAUAUUGAUAAUAGUUGCAUGUGAUUGUCUGGAAAACAUAUUCACAUUUUCCACACUUGAAAGCCUCAAGAAAAUCGAAGAGUUACAGGUAAGAAACUGUGGUGCAAUGAAAGUGAUUGUGAAGGAAGAAGUUCGAGAGGACACAUCGACAUUGUCUAAUAAUGUGGUCUUUUCUAAUCUAAAAUCAAUUAGAUUGGAAGGUCUACCAAACCUCAAAGGUUUUUUCUUGGGGAUGAAUAUUGAAUUUGAGUGGCCAUUACUAGAACGUGUUUUUAUCGAAAAAUGUCCUCAAAUGAUGGUGUUCACAUGUGGUCGGUCAACAGCUCUCAGGCUUAAGUACAUAGAAACAAGGCUAGGCAAACAUAAUCUUGAAUGUGGCCUUAACUUUCAUCGGGGCCUGCUCCCGGUUGUCGUUACUAGAAUACCAUCCCCAAGUUUAGAUUGUAAAAGCUCGAGCCCUACUAAAUUAGAAGGGAGAACUUGGUCUUUUCAUAAUCUAAUCCAGUGCAACAUUGAUGACUCACAUAAGGAUACAAAGAUUUUUCCAUCCAAUGAGCUGCAACAACUAGAGCAGCUUGAAACAAUUCAUGCACGAGGUUGUCACAAUGUGGAGGAGCUAAGAGAAGUGGACUUAAAGUGGCUAGAAAGUCUCAAGUAUAUAUGGAAGAGCAAUCAGUGGAGAAUAUUGGAGUUUCAAAACCUAACAACACUCUCUAUUCAUGGUUGUGAUAGUUUAGAACAUGUUUUUACAUGUUCCAUGGUUGGUUGUGUCAUGCAACUCCAAGAGCUACAAAUAGAACGGUGCAGAAACAUGAAGGUAAUUGUGAAGGAAGAAGAAGAAGAUUGUGAUGCCAAAGUUAGUGAGAUUAUUGAGUUCCCUUCUCUGAAGUCUUUACAACUUAAUUUUCUUUCAAGCCUUAAAGGAUUUUACAUAGGGAAGAAGGAUUUUACAUUGCCAUCCCUUGAUACCUUGGGAAUCAGGAUGUGCCCAGAAAUAAUGGUAUUCACUGAGGGUCAUUCAAUAAUUUCAGAGCAAACAGUAUUGGAGACAGAUUUUGGGUCCUUUAAUGUUGGAGAAGACAUCAAUUCAUUUAUACUCACAAAAAAACAAGAGGGAUUUAGUUUUGGGAAUAGGUGGAUGAUGAAUAAUAACGAUUAUUAUUGA